CUGUUUUUUAUACGCAUGCGUUAAUUUUUACCGGCAUUUGUCGGACAUUUUCUGUUGUUUUCUAAUUAUUUUUUUGUCAGACGCUUUACCUUGUUUAUAGUUGAUUAAGCUUCUUUAUUUUCAAUAUUUCCCAGUGAAUCAGUGUAAUUGUAAGGGGAAAUUAUUUUGCACCCGCUAUGGCGGAAACAGAAAACGUUAAAACGAUGGAAAAUCUUAACAAGGAUAAGAAUGAAAGAAAUGGCAUUGAGUCGAUAAAUGACAGUGGAAUCGAAAUGAACGAGGAAAAGGAAAAAAUAGAGAGAAAUUUGUCAAUAAAAUGCCCUUGGAUUCUUGGUCAAUUAGCUUGGGCUCGAGGCAGCAGUUAUCCUUUUUGGCCCUGUGUUGUCACUCUGGAUCCAACAACUCUACUGUACUUUAAAGUUCAAAAUAAGGGCAGAUCUCAGGCUCUGAUGGUUCAUGUCCAAUAUUUUGGCGAUGGUGGUCGUCAUAAUUGGGUAUUGUCACACUACAUGAUACCAUUUGUCGGUCUCGAGGAUUUUAAAGCACGAGCUAAAAGCAUAACACCCGAAAUCAAGAAAAAAGAUCCAAAAUUUGCCGCUGCAUUCACUCCAAAAAUGGGAGUUAAAAAACAAUGGGGAAUUGGAGUUACAGAAGCCUCAGGUCUAAUGCAUCUAUCAAAUGAAGAUAGAGCUUCAAUUUUUGAACCCGUUAUACCUGAAGAAAAAACAGUUCAACUGACAAAUAAAUUAAAAAGGAAACUCUCUCCAAAGGGAUCCAAGUUUCCAAGUGAUACUCCAAAUUCGAGCUCUAAGAAGUUGAAAAAAAUUGAAAAUGACGAACAAUCACAAUCACAAACACCGUCAACUCAACAAUCUGAAAGUUCGAAUCAAACCGAAGAAUCACUAUCAAAUAAAAUUGUCACAGCACCGGCAAAGGAAUCAUCGAGUAAUGCUUAUUCAACUGCCAGACGUAAAAGUACAAGAAAUCAAAAUAAAAAUUCAAUUGAAUUACCGAAGCGGCAAAAUUUAAGAAAGAAAAAUUCCAAACUAUCGGAAGAGGAGAGAAUUAGAAGGGAUGAAAUUGAUUUUGAAGAUUAUUACAAUUUGAAUAAAGAUUUUUGGAAAUCUGAUAAUCCAGAUGCGACUGAUGAGGAAAUAAGAAAAUUACUGCAAGAAAUUUGGGACGAUAUGGACGCUGAGGAGAAGCAUAAUAAUUUAAAUAGAAACUUCGAUAAUUACCGAUAUAAUCUCCCUGAUAAUUCAAAGGCAAAACGAGUCAAAAAGACCCCAUUGCACCAAGAGAAGGAAAAUUCGAAAAAUUCAGAAAAUGCUCAACACGAAAGUAACAAAAAUAUUUUGCAAGUGAAUGGAAAAACUGAGGAAUCAGUGAAAACAAGCGAAGUAGUUAAAAAUAAACUCAGUCCACAGAAGGAGAAAAAUAAAAAAAAUGAAAAGGAGACAAAUAAUGUUUCGAAGGAAAAGGGAAAAAUUUCCGAAAAGGAAAAAAAUAAUUCCGACGAUGGCAAUAUUCAAAAGGAGAAAAAUAAAAUUUCCCCAUCCGAUGAUGACAAUCUGCAGAAAGAGGAAAAGAAAAAUACCGAAUCGAUCGAUGAAAAUGUUGAACAAAAAGAAAAUAAGAAUUCUGAUUCUGAUGAUAAAGAAAUAGUGAAAGAGAAGGAGAAAAUUUCCGAAACUAACGAAGACACACAACAGAAGGAGACAAAUAAAGUUAUUUGUGAAUUAAUUCCACCUAAUGAUAAUUCUCCGAAAAAGAAUGGUAAACCGGAAAUAAACGAUAAUGUGGAAAAAGAUAAAAAGAAGGGAAAUUCAAAAACUAAAAACUCUCAGAAUGCAAAGACUAAAAAGGAAAAGGUUCUUAAAAGGAAAAAUAAUUCAUCUGAAAAAGAAGUUUCAACUAAGGAAUCAAAUAAGGAGAAGAAAAUAGCCGAUGAUCAAUCAAUAAAAGGAUAAGUCCCAAAAAAAAUUCUUGGAAAUCAAAAAAGAAUUUUUUUCUAAGUUAAAUAUCAAAAUUUGAUUCAAUAGAUAUUUUUUUCCUAACUAAUGGAAGUGAAAGAAGAU